GCUGGAAGUCACCGGAAACUUCCGGGGCCUGCAGCUGUGUGCAUGGAGGGCUUUACCCGGAGUCACGGGGCGCAGGGAGGGUUCCUUCCGAGUAGACCUGCACGGGACCGAGCUGAAGCCUCCGGGCGCAUUGCAGCCAUGCUGUAGGCAAGCUGCCCUGUGUCAGCCUCACGUCUCCAGGCGGCAUUCUGGGUCGUGGUCACGCUCAGCUUACUUUGCAGGGUCGGGAAAGAUGACACGGAAGGUAGGACUUAUCCCCGGGUAAUUUCUCGAGCACACAGCGGUGCAGUGCAAACGCUGAGUUUUGUCAUUCUCUCCUUCACGCCUGUUUUCUUUAAGAAAUUACUGAGGAGAAGUACUUUGCCUAUGUUCAGAGGCAUUAAGGAAAAGCCUUUCAGAAUGCACUCUGCAGGGGUUUAGAAGCUGCUUGGAUAUAGGCCAUUUUUUUAAGCGACUGGCAUUCUGCAUGUGGUUAAAAGCCUUAACUCUUCUGGGGCUUGCAAAAAGAAAAAGAAGAAAAGGCGAAAGGAAGCACGGCUUCCUUCCCAAAAGAAUUUCUGUGCGGCCUCAGAAGUUCCCUGACUUUUGGAAUUCCUCAAAUGUCUUGCCUGGUUUUUCUUUUAACGAUUUGGUGGCUUGCGGGGUCUUUGUGGCGCUUUUGCCUCUUUCUGAAAGGUUCUGUAGGUGCUUCUCUGGAGGCUGAGUGUCUGGCAGGAAAAGCCGGAAGCUUGAACGGGGAGAUGGUCAGGGCCCUCUCCCUUCGGAAAGCAGCCCCCAAAUCCAAAAUGGAGCCUCUGGGCUGAACGCGGGGUAAACAUUCCUGGAUGUUCCCACCAGAAGCACCUUCCGUUGCUUUCAGCCCGGCUGUCUUUGCUUCAACAGGCCCUGUGACCAUCUGUGGAGAAGUCACCAUCUUACAUGGCGGGUUCCUUCUGGCCUCCAGGCUAUGCCACCCAAAGCCCUUGUCGGAGCUGGCCAAAUCCGACUGGUCCCUGGUGGGACAGCCCAUCCUGGAAGCCUUGCAGGAGAUCUGCUCCUCCUCUUCCUCCUACCCGCCCCAGCCCCAUGCCUGGAAGAAGAAAGCCGCCGUCAUCCUGUGGUCCAAGAUCCUUCUCUCCGAGGCCUCCUCGCCAGCGGCCAGCAUCAACCAACGGUGGAAGGAUGACGUGUUCUUUGCCUCCAGCAACAUGAUCCCAGAAGUCAACCGCACGGUCCUCUUUGAGCUGUUCAAGGAGGUGAACGCGCCCCGGCUUUUCACGCAGCUGCUCUUGGUGCUGCCAGGGCACGUCUGCCGGAGGGAGCUGCAGACCUUCGUGGACUAUGUGGCCAAAGAAACCUCUCCCGGAGACGUCUCUUUCUUCCUGGACGUCUGGUGGGAGAUGAUGAAGCAUAAGGAAGGCCAGGAAGACAGGCUGACCCUGCUCUUCCGCGCCGUCUCGCACCAGCAUUUUGUGGAAUCGGAUGAAAUGGGCCACGCGCCGAAGAGGUUCAAGAGCGAGACCUCUUCGGCGGAGUCUGCCCUGGCCACCGGCGUCCUCCCGGUCUUGAAGGAGGGGUUCAAACGGAUCAAGGAGAGCAUCGCCCCAGCCCGGCUGAAAUGCUACGCUCUGGCCAACCUGGUGGACUUGCUGUCCAUCUUGAUCGCGGCCGAGUGCGAGACAGAAUCGCUCCCUGCCCGGGUUUACUUAGACAAGAUCUCCUCGGUGGUGACUCUCUGGAGCAGCGACUGCGAGAACCGAUAUAACAGCCGGGGGCUGGAGGAGAAGGUGAGGGAAGCUGCGAGGAGCGCGAGCUUGCUCGGGGUGGCCAAGCUCUCCGACGAGGCCCUGCUGGCUGACCUCGGCUUUCUCCGAACGCUGCUGCAGGAGUGGACUCAGGAGCUCCAGGGGCUGCUGAGCGACCCUCAGCAGAUCUGCUAUGAAAGCUACCGGCUCCUCGACAGCCUGGCCUCGCUGGAGAAGAAACUGCUGAGGCUUGCCAAGUCAGAAGACUUCAGCAAAGACACGGCGCGGGUGAUGCUGGAACUGGGGGAGCUCCUUGCGGGCUUCCUGAAGAAGAUCAACCCUGGUUUGUGCCGCGUGACCUCCAGCAGGGACCUCGUGGCCUCGGUGGCCGUGGCUCUCAUCGACCACCGGAUGGACCGGCACGAGGAGAUGUGCUCCGUUUUUGCUACCGAGACGAACUGGGCGCUCACCAAAGACUGGCUGGCCUGCCUGUUGAGGAACAGGGAACUCUUCCAGGAACCGGGACUGAUCCUGAAGCUGCUGGAGACAACGGUGGCGGCCAGCCACUCGGCCGGAGCUGCCGAAAGCCAGGCGCAGCAAGCCGAGGCGGCCCGAUUCAUCCUGGACUGUUACAGGGACCUCUCUCUGGGGGACAAGAACAAGGUGAUUUCGGGUGUCCUGGCGGCUUGGGGCAGGCGGGGCCUUUCGGGGACGUUGGCCAUCUUUGCGGAAGGCUUCCAGGAGGAGCUCAACCUCGCCUUCAACCAGAUCAUCCUGAGCGCCUCUGGCGAAGGGUUCAGGAAGUCGGUCGCUUCGGUCUCCCAGCUGAUGCUGCUCAACCCCGAGGCAACCAUCAAGAAAAUAAGUAACUUGGCCGUCGCCAACCUGGGCACACAUCAGUUUUUGGCCGAAAUCCUUUGUUCCUUCCCAGCUCUGAACUUCCGCGAUUCCCCAGACACGACCCUUGGCCUCCUCCUGGGAUGCUUGAAAGAAUCCGUCUGGGACCGCCUGUCUUCUGCCAAGGAGCAGGAGCAAUUCCUGGAAUUCUUGGCUAUCCUCAUGCAGCCGAGCGGAGCAAAGCCCCUGCUGUCGCCAGCGGAGGUAACGCAACAUCUUGUCGUUCCCUUUCUCACGUCGGACUCUCCCCGGGUGGAGCUGUCCUUGCAGGUCCUUAGCAAGGCCUUGGGGGGGCCGUCCGAACGGAGCUGGGUCCACGCGUGCCACCCGUUCCCCCUCAUUUUCUCCCUCUGCAAGCUCCUAGACGGGUUUACGCACUUCUGGCAUGAGCCGCCGGGCCGGCACAAGUCCUCCCUCGAGACGAAAGAUUUGGUGGCAAACAGCCUGGCACAGCUGAGCGACGCUCUCCUGUCGCAGAAGGACUCGCUGUCUCCGGAGCUGUGGAACCAGUCCGUGGCUUGGCUGCACAAGAAGGCCAGUGGCUUGGACUGGACGGCCGGCCUCCGGCUGAGGGGCAUCUACGGAGACCACUUCAAGAAUGAGGUUCCAGCUACGCUCUUCGAGGUCUCCCAGCUCCCGAAGGACGAGUGGGCCCCCCUCCCACUCCCAAAUUACGGGGCGGGCAGUGGACUUCUGGCGUGGAUGGAGUGUUGCUGCCUCUCCGCGGCCUUGCGGGAGCAGAUGCUCACGGUCCUGGUGGUCAACGUGGACGACCCCGAAGAAGUCAACCUCUUCAGCAAGGGCUUCUUGCUGGCCCUCGUCCAGGUCCUCCCCUGGUGCAGCCAGGCGGAGUGGAAGGGGCUCACCCAGGUGAUCAAGAGCCUCCUGGAACGGGAGGUGCUCCACGUUCCCUACUCGCUCGAGUACGUCCAGCACCUGCCCCUGCUGAACUUCCGGCCUUUUGCUCACCAGCUCCAGCUCUCGGUGCUUCUGCUGAGGGCCUUCCAGCUGCUGUGCGGCUCCAGCGGCGCGGCCUGGCUGCCGGCGGAGGCCUGGAGGCAUGUGGUCCGGCUGUACAGCUGCAGCUUGUCCGACCUGCUGGGCUCCCUCAAGGGCACGGCACGCGGCCAGGGCCAGGGGGUGGGCGAGGAGGACGCGACGCGGGAGCUGUCCUUCGUGCUCGUCCAGGUGUUCUGCCACACCCUGCACGUGGCGGCCAUGCUGCCGGACGACGGCACCGGGGAGCCCCUGGUCCUGCUCUCCCUGGAGAUCCUCUCGCAGUACGAGGCGCUGUCCGAGGCCGACGAAUCCCUCGGCAGCGCCCUGCGCAAGGCCAACGAGAGGCACUUCCUGGGCUCCAUCGCGGAGAACGUCACGAACAAGGAGCUCCGCUCGGUGCUCUUGCGGAAGCUGCGGAAGCUGUGAUGCUCGGCCGGGGGCGGGCACCAGCCACCCGCUGCGUUCAGUGUGCCGGGCUGGAAUGGGUCAGUGUUCCGCCAGGAGGGGAGACAAAACCGAGACUAUCUGUGGGAAAUUUGGGAUACUAGAAUAAACCUCUAUCUCUUUC